GUUGCGCUCUUGGAACGCGGAGCAGUUGGCACAUAAGUAUAUGGUUUGAAGGCCAAAGUGGCCAUCUUGAGCGCGUGGAAAUAUUUGGAAGUAUUCAAGAUAUUUUCUGCUUGCUGCUGGCUGUGGAAACUGGACUGCAGAAAGAUAGCAGAUGGGGGGGGAAUCAGGACUUAUAUAGGGUUUCUCGCACUGCCCUCGCAGAACAAGAAUACCCUCUGCGGCCCACCGUACACUCCUGGAGUGCCAUUCUCCCCCCUCUUCUGACGUACCCACCGUCAAAAUGCCUUGGCGUCAAUGCCGCCCCUCAUGCACACAGAGAUCUACCGCAGCUGCCAGAGCCUGAGACCUUCAAUCCUGCGCUCUCAUGCCGGAAGAUGCCCAUUGCCCCUCCGCGGCCACCAUCUCCACUUCGCUGUCCACCACGAUCGACCGAUCUCAGUAUCCUUUCUCGAUCGUUGGCGAGGCCACGAAAAGCUGGGCAAGGAGGCAGGGGCGGUCGAAGGAAGGGAGGAGUCGUAUAUCCUCGGAUACCACCUUAUCCGCCUGUCCGAAGGCUUCAGGCAACCUUGCACAUCACAGGUAUCCUCAUCGUUGGCGUCUCAGCUAUCAUGCAAGCAGCUAUCACAAUCCAAUCGGCACAUCUUCAGCAGAUACAAGCAAUGCUCUGCUAGAGCCCCGUAUGAUCCUUUCGUCUCGAAUCAGCCCAGAUCCGCGCAAUCAAACGAAUACGAAAUGCGCUACGGCAUGAGGAAACUUACAGGAAGCUGCCCAUACGUCAUCCACCUGCGGCGCAGCUAGGCAGAAGCCAGGCCGCGUUAUCGUGAGGCAUUAUUGUACUGUAAGGAAUGCAGGCUGAGUCUGCGGUAUCUCAAUCUCCGGAGCGGCCUGCUGUGAGGAACGGUGAUAGUGCGACGACGAGGCAGAUUGUGAGAAUGUUGGGACACGGAAAGCUCG